UGCAGCAGUAGGCCAUCAUAGCUAGCGAGACACACAGCUCCCACGGAUGCCUUGCGCCGCGGGUUCCCGUUGCCUGGCAACGCCGGACCACACACCCGGCCCCCCACUGUUUACGAACCACCCAUGCCGUGUCUGCGGAGGCUACCUUUAUGGACUGUGCGGUGUGCAUGACCUGCUUGGCGACAACGAGAUGCACCGUGUUUGCCACGGAUGUGUCAACUCGAGCAACCGCAAGGAAUCAAGCACAGACUCGACUGCUGGGGCUGCAUCUUCGAAGCGCCCCUGCCCGGACGGGCGGGCAACGGAGAAGGAGAAGCGAGCGGGUGCACUGGGCAGCUUGGAACCCGUUGGCAACACCGCACAUAAGAAAGUUCGUGGCGCCGAAAACCGCAAACGACCGACGCUCGAAGACAAGGUUCGGGCGCUCGACCUUUUGAAGAGCAUGAGCGGCGUUGCAAUCGCGAAGGAUAUGGGGAUCGGGGUGAGCACCUUGUACGGGUGGAGAGCUAAGGAAGCAGACAUCAGACAACAGGCAGCAGUCUCCAUGCCCGGCGCCAAGUCUACGAAGGAGGCUGAGUUUGCGAUGGUGGAGCAAGUAGUCAUGGAAAUGUUGGUGCAGGCGGGGGCACUGAGAAUGCCUGUCAACCGGGACGCGAUCCAGGCAUUCGGGCGCAAAGCUCGUCGUGCUCUCGAGAACGCAGCAUCUACGGACGCCGAGCGUGUUCAGAACAGCAGCUUCAACGCGUCCGAGGGGUGGGUAAAGAAGUUGGUCAAGCGCAACAAUCUGCACUCCCGUACACUUGACGGCGAAGCAGGCAGCGUCGACGACGAAGCCAUCGCCAAUCGCCUCAGAGUAAUCCGCGAGACGUGCGCUCAGUAUGCCUCAGAAUGCUAUGCCCCAGAAUGCGUCUACAACGCCGACGAAACCGGGCUGUGCUACAGGAUCAUGCCCAAGGCUACAUACCUCGCACCAUCAGAGCUCAAGAAGACCGUGCGAGGCGUAAAAGGUAUGAGAGCGAAGGAUCGAGUCACCGCCUACAUGGCUACGAGCGCCAGCGGGCGUAAGGUGCCGCUGUCUUUUAUCGGCACACCCAAGAGCCCCGGUGCUUCAAGAUCCGGGGCUCACCCAUCCAACCCCAAGGAGCAGGUGAAGAUUCUUGAGCUGCCACCCAACUGCACGAGAAAGCACCAGCCUAUGGAUGCCGGGAUCAUCGCAGCCUGGAAAGUGCGGUACAGAAUGAAGCUGCUGGGGAUUCGCGUCGACACGAUGACGUCGGCGGCGCAGCUACGGGAGCAGGCGAAGGAACGCAAGGUGAUUUGGGGCUGCAUGGGGCUCGCGGAAGGAGCGCAGCCUCACAGCCUGGACGCAGCUGAGCUAGACCUCGAGGCGUGGAAGGAAGUUUUGCCGGAGACAAUCAAGAGGUGCUGGAGGAAAUGUGACAUCCUUCCUCCUGCGGUGCACGCGGACCUCGACCAGGACGUGGGAAAGAAUAUCCGCAACAAGAAGGAGAGUCUCGAAGAGUUGACGGACUUGGUGCAGCGUCUUUCUCUUGAGGCGAAGACGACAACUGUCGAUGAAGACCUUGGCGAGGCGCUUAAGGGUCUGGGGUUGGCACCUGGUGCAACGCCAACCCGGGCUUCCAUGGAAGCCGUGCAGACAUGGUUGCGUGUAGAGCAAAAAGAGGGUGUAGCGGAGGCGAUUAUUAAAGAUCUGAAGGACGAUCUUUGUGAGGAGUCGCUUGCCCACCUGAACAUGGACCAACUGAGCAUAGACUCGGACGACGACGAGGCCGACUUUUCAGCGGGAGACGAGGGACAGUGUACGCAGCCCCUGGUCUCUCCCCGUCCGCCAACAUACGCUGACGUAUCUAGGCAGUUCGGAGACCUCGAAGAAAUAGCAGAGAGGUGCAGCAUGGCCGGGGUUGCUUACCAUCUUCGCAAGGCGAAAGUAGCCUGGAUGAGCGAGGCUGGGUCAAAGAAAACGAAGCAAACAUGCAUGGCAGACUUCAUGUAA